AUGUUGGAAGGUCUUGUAGCCUGGGUUCUCAAUACCUAUCUGGGGAAAUACGUCAAUAACCUCAACACUGACCAGCUCUCUGUCGCGCUUCUGAAAGGUGCUGUUGAGUUAGAAAAUUUGCCUUUAAAGAAAGAUGCCUUGAAAGAACUGGAAUUACCAUUUGAAGUCAAAGCUGGCCUAAUUGGGAAGGUAACCCUGCAGGUUCCCUUCUAUCGCCCCCAUGUGGACCCUUGGGUGAUCUCCAUCUCCAGCCUUCACUUAAUUGGAGCUCCUGAAAAAAUACAGGAUUUCAACGAUGAAAAGGAGAAGCUGUGGGAAAGAGAGCGCAAGAAAGCUCUGCUUCAAGCCCUGGAGGAGAAAUGGAAGAGUGAACGCCAGCAGAAAGGGGAAUCCUAUUGGUAUUCAGUGACUGCCUCGGUGGUUACAAGAAUUGUGGAGAAUAUCGAACUAAAAAUUCAAGAUGUUCACCUGCGCUUUGAAGAUGGCAUCACCAACCCUUCCCACCCCUUUGCAUUUGGCAUCUGCAUUAAGAAUGUCUCCAUGCAAAAUGCUGUGAACGUGCCUGUACAGAAAUUAAUGCGGAAAAAGCAAUUAGAUGUGGCAGAGUUUAGCAUCUAUUGGGAUGUCGAUUGCACUUUAUUGGGGGACUUGCCUCAAAUGGAGUUACAGGAGGCCAUGGGCACGAGCAUGGAGAGUCGCGACCACCACUACAUCCUGGAGCCCGUGUGUGCGUCUGCUCUCCUGACGAGAAACUGCUCCAAAGAGCCGCUGCGGUCCCGGCACUCGCCCCGUAUUGAAUGUGAUAUUCAGCUGGAGACCAUUCCCUUGAAGCUCUCCCAGCUGCAGUACCGACAAAUCAUGGAAUUCCUCAAGGAGCUGGAGCGAAAGGAGAGGCAGGUGAAGUUCCGAAAAUGGAAACCCAAAGUGGCCGUGUCCGAGAACUGCCGAGAAUGGUGGUACUUUGCUUUGAACGCCAACCUGAAUGAGAUCAGGGAGCAGCGGAAAUGCUGUACCUGGGACUUCCUGUUGCACCGCGCCCGAGAUGCCGUGUCUUACACGGAUAAGUACUUCAGCAAGUUGAAAGGAGGCUUGCUGUCUGCAGAUGACAAGGAGGAAAUGCAUCGGAUUGAAGAGGAACAGAGCUUUGAGGAACUGAAGAUUUUGCGUGAACUGGUUCAUGAGAGAUUUCACAAGCAGGAAGAACUAGCUGAGAGUCUGCGAGAGCCCCAGCUGGAUUCUCCGGGAGACUCUCCUGCAGGUCCGGAACCCGGGGGAGGCAGCGGGCUGCUGCAGUACCUUCAGUCCUGGUUUCCUGGCUGGGGCGGCUGGGACGGGCAGCAGACCCCAGAAGGCAGCGCCGUGGCGGGUCUGCCUGGGGAGCAGCACGAGCAGUGGACUCCUGAGGAGGUUUUGGGCACGGAAGAAUUUUUUGACCCCACUGCAGACGCCUCAUGUAUGAACACGUAUACAAAGCGGGAUCAUGUCUUCGCCAAAUUGAACCUGCAGUUGCAGCGAGGAACCGUGACUCUGCUGCACCAGGAGCCGGGGACGCCGCCCACUGGCGAAAGUGCUUUCAUGCAGCUCGAGUUUUCAGAUGUAAAGCUUCUGGCAGAAUCUCUUCCUCGAAGACAUUCUUCCUUGCUUUUAGUCCGGUUGGGUGGACUGUUCCUUCGGGACUUGGCCACAGAAGGAACUAUCUUUCCCCUCCUGGUCUUCCCGAAUCCACAAAAAGAAGUUGGCAGAGUCUCACAGUCCUUUGGCCUCCAGUCACCGUCAGCAGAGAGACAUGAUCAUUUUGCUGCUGCUGACCUGGAUGAGCCCGUGUUCGAAAUGUUGUAUGAGAGGAACCCUGCGCACAGCCACUUUGAGAGGCGGCUGGACGCCAGCACCAGGCCCUUGAACAUCAUCUAUAACCCCCAGGCUAUUAAAAAAGUGGCUGACUUUUUCUACAAGGGAAAGGUUCAUACCUCAGGUUUUGGUUAUCAGUCUGAACUUGAGUUGAGAGUUGCUGAAGCUGCCCGAAGACAAUAUAACAAACUGAAGAUGCAGACGAAGGCAGAGAUCCGACAAACCCUCGAUCGUUUGCUAGUGGGUGAUUUCAUUGAGGAAAGUAAGCGAUGGACUGUGCGACUAGAUAUUUCUGCCCCUCAAAUGAUCUUUCCAGAUGACUUCAAGUUCAAGAAUCCUGUGUUAGUUGUUGUGGAUCUAGGAAGAAUGUUGUUGACAAACACCCAAGAUGCCUCCAAGAGGAAAAGCGGGAAUGGGUCCACAUCUGAAGAGAAUCAGUUUAGUGAUGAUGAAUACAAGACACCCCUGGCUACACCUCCUAACACCCCACCUCCCGAAUCAAGCAGCAGUCAUGGGGAGAAAACACCUCCAUUUUCUGGUGUUGAAUUCAGUGAAGAGCAGCUUCAGGCACAUUUAAUGAGCACCAAGAUGUACGAGCGGUACUCUCUGUCAUUCAUGGACCUCCAGAUCAUGGUUGGGCGGGUGAAGGACAACUGGAAGCACGUCCAGGAUAUUGAUGUAGGGCCAACCCACGUGGUUGAGAAGUUCAAUGUGCACCUGCAGUUAGAACGUCGCCUGAUCUAUACCUCAGAUCCCAAGUAUCCUGGAGCUGUUCUCUCAGGCAACUUGCCAGAUUUAAAAAUCCACAUCAAUGAAGAUAAAAUAUCUGCUCUCAAGAAUUGCUUUGCACUCUUGACCACCCCAGAAAUGAAGACUCCUGACACUCAGAUUAAAGAGAAGAUUUUCCCUCAGGAGGAAGAAGGGGGAAGUUUGCAAGACUCAGUGAUGAACUUGACCCAGAGUAUUGUGAUGCUGGAGCAGCAUACCCGGGAGGUGCUGGUGGAGUCGCAACUCCUCCUGGCUGAGUUCAAGGUCAACUGUAUGCAGCUGGGUGUGGAGAGCAAUGGCCGCUACAUUUCUGUGCUCAAAGUAUUCGGUACCAACGCUCACUUUGUGAAGAGGCCGUAUGAUGCUGAGGUUUCUCUGACUGUACACGGUUUGCUCCUGGUAGACACCAUGCAGACAUACGGUGCUGAUUUUGACCUGUUGAUGGCCUCACACAAGAACCUGAGCUUUGAUAUCCCCACAGGAAGCCUCCGUGAUAGCAGGGCCCAGUCUCCUGUGUCAAGCUCUGUCGUGGCCCCCUUUACUGAUGCUGCCACUCUGAACCACCGGUCAGCCGCCAGUGUUUCUCUUGACAGGAUCCUCACCAAGGAGCAAGAAUCCCUUAUCAAAUUGGAAUAUCAGUUCGUGAGCUCAGAGUGCCCAUCGAUGAAUCUGGACAGCACUCUUCAGGUGAUUUCACUGCAGGUGAAUAAUCUGGACAUUAUCCUAAAUCCAGAGACCAUUGUGGAACUGAUUGGUUUUCUUCAAAAAUCAUUUCCCAAGGAAAAAGAUGAUCUGAGUCCUCAACCUCUGAUGACUGAUCAUGAGAGGAACUGUAGGGAACAAGGAACUUAUCAGUCUACAUAUGAACAAAACACCGAGGUGGCGGUGGAAAUCCACAGACUUAACCUGUUGCUCCUUCGGACGGUGGGGAUGGCGAACGGAGAGAAAUGUGGCAGGAAGAUUGCCACUGCGAGUGUAGGCGGCACCAAAGUCAACGUCUCCAUGGGCAGCGCAUUUGACAUCAAUGGUUCUCUUGGCUGCUUGCAGCUGAUGGAUCUCACUCAAGAUAACACUAAGAACCAGUACGUCGUCAGCAUUGGGAAUUCUGUCGGCUACGAGAACAUCAUCAGUGAUAUUGGCUACUUUGAAUCUGUAUUUGUCAGAAUGGAAGAUGCGGCCCUCAGCGAAGCUUUGAGUUUCACCUUCGUGGAGAAAUCUAAGCAGGAGUGUUUUCUCAACCUCAAGAUGGCUUCCUUGCAUUAUAACCACUCUGCAAAGUUUUUAAAGGAAUUGACACUGUCCAUGGAUGAACUGGAAGAAAAUUUUCGAAGCAUGCUGAAAAGCGCAGCCACCAAAGUGACCACAGUGCUUGCCACAAAAACAGCCGAGUACAGUGAGAUGGUGUCACUCUUUGAAAUGCCAAGGAAGGCCCGGGAGCCCUUUCCCUUAGAAGAAAAUGAAAUACAUGGGUUUGAUUUAGUGGCCCCUCAUUCAGACACGGUGAAGCUGCUUCUGAACAUAAACAUCGAGUCGCCAGUUGUGUCUGUCCCUCGGCAGCCUGGGAGUCCAGAGUUGCUGGUGGGACACUUGGGGCAGAUAUCCAUCCAGAAUUUUGUGGCCGGAGAUGACGAAUCUAGAAGUGACCGCCUGCAGGUAGAAAUCAAAGACAUUAAAUUAUAUUCUUUGAAUUGCACCCAGCUGGUAGGCAGAGAGGGUGCUGGGCCUGAAGUGGGCCAGGCAUUUUGCCCCCCGUCUGGCUCUGCCAGUGCCAACAGCCAGGAGGAAGCUCAGUUCACGCGACAUGAUUUCUUCGCAUCUUUGCACAGAGGUCAAGCUUUUCACAUCCUGAACAACACCACCAUUCAGUUUAAACUGGAGAAGAUUCCUGUAGAGAGAGAAUCGGAAUUGACUUUCUCGCUUAGCCCUGAUGACCUGGAUACGGCUAGCAUCAUGAAGAUUGAGGGGAAGUUUGUUAAUCCAGUUCAGGUGGUGCUAGCAAAGCAUGUAUAUGAGCAGGUGUUACAGACGCUGGACAAUCUAGUGUAUAGUGAAGAUCUGAAUAAGUUUCCAGCCAGUGCCACCUCCUCACCUUGCCCUAACUCUCCUCUGCCUUCCCUCGGUGCCUGUGGAGAACCUCCCACUGAACGGAAGGAGAAUGGAUUGUUCAGCCACUCCAGCCUCUCUAACUCUUCUCAGAAGUCCUUGUCCAUAAAAGAGGUCAAGUCCUUCACCCAGAUUCAGGCCAACUUUUGUAUAUCAGAGCUUCAAGUUCAGCUAAGUGGAGAUCUGACUUUGGGGGCCCAGGGCCUCGUGAGCUUAAAGUUUCAGGACUUUGAGGUGGAAUUCAAUAAAGACCAUCCCCAGACGUUAUCCAUUCAGAUUGCUCUGCGCUCUCUGUUGAUGGAAGACUUACUGGAGAAAAACCCAGAUUCCAAGUAUAAGAACCUGAUGGUCUCUCGGGGAGCCCCUAAGCCAUCUAGCUUGACACAAAAAGAGUAUCUGUCUCAGUCUUGCCCUUCAGUAUCCAAUGUGGAAUACCCGGAUAUGCCUCGGUCUCUCCCUUCCCACAUGGAGGAAGCACCUAAUGUCUUUCAGCUCUAUCAGAGACCUACCUCGGCAUCCCGGAAGAAGCAGAAGGAAGUCCAAGACAAGGACUGCCCCUUGACUCCGCCCCCUUCUCCAUCGGUAGACGAGCCCAAGAUAAUUGCUGGGAAGAGUAAAUUUGAUGAUUCCUUGGUCCAUAUCAAUAUAUUCUUGGUGGAUAAGAAACAUCCGGAAUUCUCUUCCAGUUAUAAUCGAGUUAACCGGAGUAUUGAUGUAGAUUUUAACUGUCUGGAUGUGCUCAUCACACUGCAAACUUGGGUCGUGAUUCUAGAUUUUUUCGGUAUUGGCUCCACUGCAGACAACCAUGCAAUGAAGGUGCCACCCGAGGACCCGCUGCAAACCAUCAAGUCAGAGUCAAGUGCUCUGCUUGAGUCUGAACUUCAGGACCCCGUCAACACCAGGCUGGAUCUCAAGGUUCAUUCGCUCUCUCUCGUGCUGAACAAGACCACCAGUGAGCUUGCUAAAGCGAACGUGUCCAAAUUAAUGGCACAUAUGGAAAUGAUUGAGGGAGACCUGGCCUUGCAAGGAAGCAUUGGAAGCCUGUCUCUGAGUGACCUCACAUCCCACGGAGAGUUCUACAGAGAACGUUUCACGACAAGUGGGGAAGAAGCUCUCAUCUUCCAGACUUUUAAGUAUGGACGCCCCGACCCGCUGCUCCGUAGAGAGCACGACGUCCGCGUGAGUCUGCAGAUGGCCUCUGUGCAGUACGUGCACACCCAGCGCUUCCAGGCCGAGGUCGUGGCCUUCAUCCAGCACUUCACACAGCUGCAGGAUGUGUUGGGGCGCCAGCGCGCUGCCAUUGAGGGGCAGACGGUGAGAGAUCAAGCCCAGCGCUGUUCACGGGUUCUCCUGGAUAUUGAGGCUGGUGCUCCUGUUCUCCUAAUCCCAGAAAGUUCCAGAUCAAAUCAUCUGAUUGUCGCAAAUUUGGGGAAGUUGAAAGUCAAGAACAAGUUUCUCUUUGCAGGGUUUCCUGGAACCUUUUCCUUACAAGAUAAGGAAUCGGUGCCCUCAGCUUCCCCAGCGGGCACACCCAAGCACAGUGCGAGGAAAAUGCCAAGUGCAGAGGAGCCCAAGGGCGCCCACUUUGAGGGGCUCUUCAUGGUGCCUCCUGCUGGAGUGAGUGCAGGCAGCCUGAAGAAUGAGCUGGCGCCAAAUGCCUCGAGCAAACAGCAAGUGCACCAGACCACACCUGCUGUCGACCAGGUUUCCAAAAGCCCAGAAGACCAUAUCUGCCUGUUGGAUUGCAUCGAGGUGGAUCUCCAAGACAUGGACAUCUUUGCUGCAGAGAGACGCCCUCGAGAGUAUUGUGAGGCCUCAGAGGACAACAGUGGUGAUCUGCUCUUCCCUUCCUAUCUUGUGCGACAGAUGGGAGGGAGCCUCCUAACUGAGCCCUGUCGGCUGAAGCUGCAGGUGGAAAGGAAUUUGGACAGAGAAAUAAGUCAUACUGUGCCAGAUAUAUCUAUCCACGGUAAUCUCUCCUCUGUCCACUGCUCCCUGGAUCUGUCCAAAUACAAGCUGAUCCGUGGUUUGUUAGAGAACAACCUUGGCGAGCCCAUUGAGGAGUUCAUGCGGCCUUACGAUUUGCAAGAUCCAAGAAUUCAUACCAUCCUGAGCGGAGAGGUGUACACGUGCAUGUGCUUCCUUGUUGACAUGGUGAAUGUCAGUCUGGAGCUGAAAGAUCCCAAAGGAAAAGAAGGUUCUGGGUCCCUCGCCAGAUUUGACUUCAAGAAAUGUAAACUGCUUUAUGAGAGUUUUUCAAAUCAAACCAAGUCCAUUAACUUGGUUUCCCAUUCCAUGAUGGCCUUUGAUACUCGCUAUGUCGGGCAGAAGACCAGCCCGGGUCUGACAAACGUGUUCAACUGUAUCUUUCAGCCCUCCAAGAGCAGCAGCACCACCCAAGGGUCUAUUCAGAUUGAGCUGCAUCUCAGAUCAACAAAGGAUUCCUCCUGCUUCACAGUAGUUCUCAACAAUCUCCGAGUGUUUCUCAUAUUUGACUGGCUGCUGUUAGUUCAUGAUUUUCUCCACACUCCCAGUGAUGUUAAGAAACAAACAAACGUUACUCCUUCUCGCCACCGUAACUCUAGCAGCGAAUCUGCUGUGGUUCCUAAAACCGUGAAAAGUGGAGUGGUCACCAAGCGGUCUUCCCUUCCUGUAUCCACGGAAAGGCACUUGGAGGUCAAGGUCAACGUGACAGGCACGGAGUUCGUGGUCGUGGAAGAUGUCUCCUGCUUUGACACCAACGCCAUCAUUCUCAAAGGCACCACUGUGCUCACCUAUAAGCCCCGAUUUGUCGAUCGGCCCUUUUCAGGAAGUUUGUUUGGCAUCGAGGUGUUCUCAUGCCGACUGGGGAGUGAGCAGGACACAGCCCUGUCAAUUGUUGAUCCGGUACAAAUUCAGGUAGAGCUGGUGGGGAAUUCUUCUUACCAGAAUAGCUCAGGACUGAUGGAUGCGUUCAACAGUGAAGAUUUCCCGCCCAUAUUGGAGAUUCAGUUGCAAGCCCUGGAUAUCAGACUCUCCUACAACGAUGUCCAGCUGUUUCUUGCAAUCGCAAAGUCCAUCCCCGAGCAAGCGAAUGCUGCGGUGCCUGAACCUGCGGCCUCAGCGGGCAGCUCUGUCAGCGGUCACCUUCUGGGUGCCUCUCGUGUUGGGGAGGAAAUCAGAGAAGGGACCAGACACACCUUGGAUCCUGUAUUGGAGUUACAGCUGGCAAGACUGCAGGAGCUGGGGUUCAGCAUAGAAGACUGUCGUAAGGCCCUUUUAGUCUGUCAAGGCCAAUUAAAAAAGGCAGCAAGUUGGUUGUUUAAGAAUGCUGAACCUCUGAAGUCUCUUUCACUGGCCUCUCACAGCCGAGAGGGCCAGGGGCCUGUGCCAGCACAGUUCAUCUCUGGAGUGGAGAUCAAAGCUGAGAGCGUGUGCAUCUGUUUCAUCGACGACUGCAUGGACUGCGACGUCCCUCUUGCUGAGCUCACCUUUUCCCGUCUGAAUUUUCUUCAGCGUGUGAGGACUAGUCCUGAAGGCUAUGCCCACUUCACCCUUUCUGGAGACUACUAUAACCGUGCGCUCUCUGGCUGGGAACCAUUUAUCGAGCCAUGGCCGUGCUCUGUGUCUUGGCAACAGCAGUCAGCUGGCCGCCUCCAUCCUCCUCGCCUGAAGCUGGAAGCCAAGGCCAAAUUCCGUUUGGAUAUCAACAUUACUUCUGUGCUAAUUGAUCAAUAUGUCAGUACCAAGGAAUCGUGGAUGGCAGAUUAUUGUAAGCAGGACACAGAAAUUGACUCAUCUGUUUCAGAAGACUGGAUGGGCUCUUCAGUGGAUCCUCCGUGUUUUGGACAAAGCCUCCCCCUUGCCUACCUUAGAACUAGGAGUACAGCCAGUCUGACUAACCUAGAGCACCAGAUCUAUGCUAGAGCAGAGGUGAAAACCCCCAAGCGUCGGCAGCCGUUUGUUCCCUUCGCUCUGAGAAACCACACAGGGUGCACCCUGUGGUUCGCCACCUUGACCACCACGCCUACCAGGGCUGCGCUGUCUCACAGUGGGAGUCCAGGGCUGCUUCCGGAGACUGAUGGCACGUUUCUCGAUGACACGCACAAUGUCAGUGAGUGGCGGGAAGUCCUCACAGGCGAAGAGAUUCCCUUCGAAUUUGAAGCAAGAGGGAAGUUAAGACACAGACACACCCAUGACCUCCGGAUCCAUCAGCUGCAAGUGAGAGUGAACGGCUGGGAGCAAGUGAGCCCCGUGUCUGUGGACAAAGUCGGGACCUUUUUCCGAUAUGCGGCACCAGACAAAAAUUCAUCUUGCUCGACGAUUGGCAGCCCGAGCUGCAGGACCAACAUCAUCCACCCACAGGUUUAUUUCUCUUCACUGCCACCUGUGCGCGUGGUCUUCGCGGUGACCAUGGAGGGCAGCGCUCGCAAAGUCAUCACCGUGCGUUCCGCCCUCAUCGUGAAGAACAGGCUCGAGACGCCAAUGGAACUGAGGCUGGACAGCCCAUCAGCCCCAGACAAGCCUGUGGUGCUUCCCGCCGUCAUGCCCGGCGACUCCUUCGCUGUGCCUUUACACCUCACAUCGUGGCGGCUCCAGGCCCGGCCCAAAGGGUUGGGCGUGUUUUUCUGCAAGGCUCCUAUUCACUGGACCAACGUAGUGAAGACUACAGAGGUCAGUAGCAGCAAAAGGGAGUGCCACUCCAUGGACACGGAGAAGAGCCGCUUCUUCAGGUUUUGUGUGGCCAUAAAGAAAGAGAAUUAUCCAGAUUACAUGCCCUCAAACAUAUUUUCUGACAGUGCAAAACAGAUUUUCAGACAGCCCGGGCAUACCAUAUAUCUCUUGCCAACAGUGGUAAUCUGCAACUUGCUACCUUGUGAACUUGAUUUUUAUGUUAAAGGAAUGCCAAUCAAUGGGACACUGAAACCCGGCAGAGAGGUGGCUCUCCACACAGCUGAUACCUCCCAGAACAUUGAACUGGGCGUAUCUCUGGAGAAUUUCCCACUCUGUAAGGAAUUGCUCAUUCCACCUGGAACCCAGAACUACAUGGUUCGAAUGCGACUCUAUGACAUCAACCGGCGCCAGCUGAAUCUCACCAUCCGGAUUGUGUGCCGAGCAGAAGGCUCCUUAAAGAUCUUCAUUUCUGCUCCAUAUUGGCUGAUUAACAAAACAGGAUUACCGCUGAUCUUCAGGCAGGACAAUGCAAAGACAGACGCGGCAGGCCAGUUUGAGGAACAUGAGCUGGCCCGGAGCCUGAGUCCUCUCUUAUUCUGCUAUGCUGACAAAGAGCAGCCAAACCUCUGCACGAUGAGAAUCGGAAGGGGGAUUCAUCCUGAAGGCAUGCCGGGCUGGUGUCAGGGCUUCUCGCUGGAUGGUGGGAGCGGCGUCCGAGCUCUGAAAGUCAUCCAGCAAGGAAACCGCCCCGGGCUGAUCUAUAACAUUGGUAUUGAUGUCAAGAAAGGCCGAGGUCGAUACAUUGACACCUGUAUGGUCAUCUUUGCCCCCCGUUACCUAUUAGAUAAUAAAUCAUCUCACAAGCUUGCAUUUGCACAGAGGGAGUUUGCCAGGGGCCAGGGAACGGCCAAUCCUGAAGGUUACAUCUCCACCCUCCCUGGCUCCAGUGUGGUGUUUCAUUGGCCUCGGAAUGACUACGAUCAACUGUUAUGCGUCAGGUUGAUGGACAUUCCCAAUUGCAUUUGGUCUGGAGGCUUUGAAGUUAACAAGAACAAUUCCUUCCAUAUCAACAUGAGAGACACCCUGGGAAAAUGCUUCUUCCUACGUGUGGAAAUUACUCUUCGAGGAGCUACCUACAGGAUCUCAUUUAGUGACACAGAUCAGCUACCCCCUCCUUUCCGAAUUGACAACUUUUCUAAGGUCCCGGUUGUCUUCACUCAGCAUGGUGUGGCUGAGCCCCGGCUUCGAACUGAGGUGAAGCCCAUGAUGUCACUGGAUUAUGCCUGGGAUGAACCCACCCUGCCACCUUUCAUCACCCUGACUGUUAAAGGGGCAGGCUCCUCUGAGAUCAGCUGCAACAUGAAUGAUUUCCAGGACAACCGGCAGCUUUACUAUGAAAAUUUCAUUUACAUUGCUGCUACAUACACAUUCUCAGGCUUACAGGAGGGGACAGGAAGGCCUGUGGCAUCCUCCAAGGCCACUACCUGUGCAGAGCUUGUUCUGGAUGUCUCCCCAAAGACACAGAGAGUCAUUUUAAAGAAAAAGGAACCAGGGAAGCGCUCUCAGCUCUGGAGAAUGACUGGAACAGGCAUGCUGGCCCACGAGGGCUCUUCUGUACCCCACAACCCCAGCAAGCCCUCGUCCUCCCGCUCCACCGAGGGUUCUGCCAUCUUAGAUAUAGCUGGCCUUGCCGCAGUAACUGACAACAGGUAUGAACCAUUGAUGCUACGAAAGCCAGACCGCAGGCGAAGCACAACUCAGACGUGGAGUUUCCGAGAAGGGAAACUGACCUGCGGGCUACAUGGGCUGGUUGUCCAGGCCAAAGGAGGGCUCUCUGGUUUGUUUGAUGGAGCUGAAGUUGUUCUUGGUCCUGACACUUCUAUGGAGCUUUUGGGGCCAGUUCCACCUGAACAGCAAUUUACUAACCAAAAAAUGAGACCUGGUUCUGGAAUUCUGUCCAUCAGAGUCAUCCCAGAUGGACCAACUAGAGCACUCCAGAUAGCAGAUUUCUCCCAGCGGAAAAGUGACCGUUCAUCAUAUGAAGUCAAUGAGCUUCCUGUUACUGAACAAGACCUGCAGAAAUUGAGGAAUCCAGAUACAGAGCAAGAAUUGGAAGUGCUUGUAAAGUUAGAAGGUGGAAUUGGGUUGUCUUUAAUUAAUAAAGUUCCAGAAGAACUGGUCUUUGCAAGUCUUACAGGAAUCAAUGUGCAUUAUACACAGCUUGCAACAAGUCAUAUGCUUGAACUCAGCAUACAGGAUGUACAGGUGGACAAUCAGCUCAUUGGCACCACUCAGCCCUUCAUGCUCUACGUGACUCCCCUGAGCCAUGAGAGUGAGGUCAUCGAGACAGGCCCUGCUGUGCAGGUGAACGCGGUGAAGUUCCCCAGCAAGAGCACACUGACCAACAUCUACAAGCACCUGAUGGUGACAGCCCAGAGAUUCACCGUGCAAAUUGAGGAGAAACUGCUCCUUAAGCUGCUGAGUUUCUUUGGCUACAAUCAAGCAGAAUCAGAGGUGGAAAAAUAUGAUGAGAAUCUCCAUGAAAAGUCAGUUGAACAAGGUGGAACCCCAAUUCGGUACUACUUUGAGAAUCUCAAAAUCAGCAUUCCCCAGAUCAAGCUGAGUGUGUUCACCUCCAACAAGCUGCCAUUGGAUCUUAAGGCCCUAAAAAGUACCUUGGGAUUUCCAUUGAUUCGGUUUGAAGAUGCCGUCAUUAAUCUAGAUCCAUUCACUCGGGUGCAUCCCUAUGAGACCAAGGAGUUCAUCAUCAAUGAUAUCCUCAAGCAUUUUCAGGAGGAACUCCUCAGCCAGGCCGCUCGGAUCCUGGGAUCGGUGGACUUUCUCGGCAACCCCAUGGGACUAUUGAAUGAUGUUUCUGAAGGAGUUACUGGAUUGAUAAAGUAUGGAAAUGUCGGGGGCCUCAUCAGAAAUGUCACUCAUGGAGUGUCAAACUCUGCUGCCAAGUUUGCGGGGACGUUGUCAGAUGGCUUAGGGAAGACGAUGGACAAUCGGCACCAGUCCGAGCGGGAGUAUAUCCGCUACCACGCGGCCACCAGCGGGGAGCACCUUGUAGCCGGCAUCCACGGCCUGGCGCACGGUAUCAUUGGUGGAUUGACCAGUGUUAUAACCUCAACAGUGGAAGGUGUGAAAACAGAAGGGGGUGUCAGCGGUUUCAUAUCUGGCCUUGGGAAAGGGCUUGUGGGCACUGUAACCAAGCCGGUGGCAGGCGCCCUGGAUUUUGCAUCAGAAACAGCCCAGGCGGUGAGAGACACAGCCACACUUAGUGGCCCCAGGACUCAAGCACAGAGAGUGCGGAAGCCGCGGUGCUGCCUGGGCCCCCAGGGGCUGCUCCCCCGGUACUCGGCGAGCCAGGCCGAAGGGCAGGAGCAGCUCUUCAAACUGACCGACAACAUACAGGACGAAUUCUUCAUCGCUGUGGAGAACACAGACAGCUACUGUGUGCUCAUCUCCUCCAAAGCCGUGUACUUCCUGAAAAGUGGAGACUACGUCGACCGAGAGGCCAUUUUCCUCGAAGUCAAAUACGAUGACCUCUACCACUGCCUCGUCUCCAAAGACCACGGGAAGGUGUACGUGCAGGUGACCAAGAAAGCGGUGAACACGAGCAGCGGCGUGUCCAUCCCGGGUCCGUCCCACCAGAAGCCCAUGGUUCACGUGAAAUCAGAGGUCCUCGCUGUCAAGUUGUCCCAAGAAAUAAACUAUGCAAAGAGCCUUUAUUAUGAACAGCAGCUUAUGCUGCGGCUCAGUGAGCAUCAAGAGCACUUGGAGCUGGACUCCUGAGAGACCCCGCUGCUGCAGGGACACUGCCGGGGCCCUUCGCGGCCGGUGGCCCGCGGCCGGGCUCAGCGAGUGAGGCCGAGCGCGCGGCAGGAGGGCUGGAGGCGCGUCAGCGACAGGGGAAGGGAAGACGGGGGUGUCGCCGUGGAGGACAUUAAUUUGGGGGCAGGGGUUGCUUUAGGUUAUGGGGAUGGAAUUUUUAAAAGGUAUUGGUUGAAUAACGUAAAAAAUGAAAAUUGUACUGCGAUGAAUCUAAUUUUUAGAUCGCCCUGUAUUUUGUUAACAUGUAUAUAUGUACAACUGUGUGUCUGUAAAUACGUACGAGUGUUGCUGAACAGGGUCUGUGCUGUGUGUAAAGGUUUGUUAACUGUAAAGUAAUAUAAAUUAUAUCGGACCUUCUAUUGCACUAAUUCUACACGUGGAAUUCAGGGGACUCGUUAUAAAGGCCUUUUUAAACAUC